GAUUGUGUGUGCAGAGACCUGAGAUGGCUGUGGGGUGAUCUACUUGAAGCAGAAGCUCUUUAAGUGCCAAUAAAGCAAGUAGCAUGUACUUGACAAGGACCCAAAGGGAAAGAAAGAGUGAGAGAAGCAGCUGUUGGAGGAGGAGAGUGAGACAAAGAAGGAGCGGGGGGCUGUCCUAACUUGCUCUUCAGUGUGAGGGCUGUAUGUGGGAGGAGGCAGAGAGGGAGAGCAGGAGACAGAAGGGGAACAAGAGAGAAAGAAAAGAGCAAGCAGAGAGUAUGUUUGGUGUGUGAAGAGAUAAAUAUACAUCUGAAAGAGCAGCAGGGGUACAGAGAGCGAGACUGAGUGUGUUGCAUAGCUGCAGGGCAGUCUCUUCUCCAGCCUCCUCUCCUCUCCUCCUGUGCUGCACAACUUGGGCUGAGGGACCAUGCAGCAGGGUUGGACUCUUCCUUGGCUCGCCGCUCUCCUGCUGGGGCUGAUGGGGCUCCGGGCGUCAGGCUCAGAGUUCCAGCAUCACCGAUUCGAGGACAUGGUGAGAGCUCUGUAUGCAGUGCAUAGUGAAUGCCCCUACAUCACGCGUAUUUACAGCAUCGGGCGCAGCGUGGAGGGGCGCCACCUCUACGUGCUGGAGUUCAGUGAUAACCCGGGCAUCCAUGAAGCAUUGGAGCCGGAGUUCAAGUACGUGGGCAACAUGCACGGCAACGAGGUGCUUGGCCGCGAGCUGCUCAUUAAGUUCUCCCAGUUUCUGUGCGAGGAGUAUCGAGCCGGAAACCAGCGGAUCACGAGGUUGAUCCAUGACACACGCAUCCACAUCCUGCCCUCCAUGAACCCCGAUGGCUACGAGGUGGCUGCCAGACAGGGUCCAGAGUUCAACGGCUACCUGGUGGGUCGGGGCAACGCUAGAGACAUCGACUUGAACCGGAACUUUCCAGACCUGAAUGCCCUCAUGUAUUAUUACGAAAAGACCAACGGACGAAACCACCACCUGCCGCUGCCGGACAACUGGGAGCAACAGGUUGAACCGGAGACUUUGGCCGUCAUAAAGUGGAUGCAAAACUACAAUUUUAUCCUGUCUGCCAACCUCCAUGGAGGAGCUGUAGUGGCCAAUUACCCAUUCGACAAGUCGAGAGACCCCCGCAUUCGAGGGAGGACCACCUAUGCAGCCACUCCGGAUGACAAAGUUUUCAGAAAUUUGGCGAGGACCUACUCGUAUGCUCACAGCUGGAUGCACAAGGGUUGGAACUGUGGGGACUUCUUUGAUGAGGGGAUCACCAACGGGGCCAGCUGGUACUCUCUGUCCAAAGGCAUGCAGGACUUCAACUACCUUUACACCAACUGUUUUGAGAUCACCCUGGAGCUGAGCUGUGAUAAGUUCCCCCCAGCGUCGGCACUGCCCAGAGAAUGGCUGGGCAACCGAGAAGCACUGGUUUCAUACCUGGAGCAGGUGCAUCAUGGGAUAAAAGGCAUGGUGUACGAUGAAAACAACAAUGUUAUCAAGAACGCUGAGAUCUCAGUGGCUGGCAUCCACCAUGAUGUGACCACCGGAGUGGACGGCGACUAUUUCAGACUCCUGUUACCAGGUACCUACACUGUGACAGUCUCUGCCCCGGGUUACGUCCCCUCCACCAGUACGGUCACAGUGGGACCAGCCGAGGCCAUACAGCUUCAUUUUUACUUGAAAACGGCACCAAAACAAAACCCGAAAGUGAAGCCCCACAACAGCAAGAAGAACCUCUCGUCUCCCAAGGCCCCUUUAAAACUCGGCCCUAGAUGAGACUUAGACAAUAGUUUAGAUAACACACAUACACUGAAAACCCCCACAAAAAACACAUACACACAUACACACACAUACAAAUUAUGAAAAUGAUAAAUGAACAUAAUACCAUUUAUGUAUGUAAUUUUACCUUUGUAGUCCUAUGAUUAUGUAUUUCAAAGUUCUGUGCUUGUUGUUGAUAAAUAUAAAUUGUGUGUCUUUAUUAAGGAAUUGUUUGUGUAUUUAUGUAACAUGUUGAUUUGUAUGAACACAACGAUCCUGUAUUUGUAAAGGACUUUUUUGAUUUUGAUAACAAUAAUUUGAUGAAAAUUGAAAGUGAAAAUAAAGUAAUGUUUUUGCUGUCCAAA